AUGGCGUAUAACUUGAUCAAGAUCUCUCGAGUCGGCCCCGCAACAGAUUUGGCCGAGCCUCUCAUUGUCCCACUCAAAUUUUUCGAUUUGGUGUGGCUAAAAGACAUUCCCACGAACCGAGUCAACUUUUACGAACUCAUUGAGUCGACUCGCGACUCCUUUUACUCCGUCAUUCUCCCCAAGCUCGAGCGAUCCCUUUCCCUUGUCCUCACACACUUUCUCCUUCUCUCCGGUCAAUUGAACAAAGAGCUCCGUGGCCAGAUUGAGUUACGCGCUCUAGCACCUGAGUUACCAAUUUCCUAUGACUCAACCUCUCUUCUUAUUCUGAAAGUCGCUUUGUUCCCGAACCAAAAGCUUUUGCAUUGGAACCACACUUCACCAUGCGGCCAUGGACGGCACGACUGUCGUGAAAUUUCUAAAUAUCUUGGGCUCACAUCUGUAAACAAAGCAAACGCAAGAAACAUAGAGUUUCCUCCCGCCAAAGAGAUCGAAGAAGACGUCAUCAGGAUCAAGCUCAAGCUGAUUCAGGAGAACGUCAAGAAACAAUCUUUACCUGUCAAGUAG